UUACAUCAGGAAAUCGAGUUUGUGCUGGCUGCUGUGUAGUUCAGUUAACAUUGUAAACAAAAGUAAUUUGUCGCUCUAAAACUUGUAAACGUUUGCUAAGGAUUUUCUUGCUGUACUUAGACUUUUCCACAGUCCAAUUUAAGUUGAUUUAACGUUAGUUACCCAUUUCAACCCACGCAACGUACGUAACUGGCGUGGUUACAGCUCAGUUUGGUUGUAUUAGGUAGUAACGACAAUGCUGUCUGAGGUUGCUAGCAGAUGGAGGCUUCUCUGGGAUGUCUGCAGAACCCUGACCUAAGCUCUGUGCUGUCAUCAUGCGAGCCGGAGCUUCAGGAGCUGAUGAGACAGAUCGACAUAAUGAUCGACCAUCAGAGGAGGGAGUGGGAGGCUGAGACUCAGGCCAUGGAGCUCCGGCUGGAGAGAGGCGAAGAGGAGCUGUUGGCUUCCAGGGACCUGGUUGAACGGAGGGACCUGGAGAUCGGACUGCUCCGCCAGCAGCUGGAGGAGGUGCAGCCGGGCCGACAUGAGAUGGUUACCCAGAACGAGAAGCAGCUGCAGCGGCUCCGCGAGGAGUUGGAUAAGUUAAAGAGAAGUUAUUUCAAGCUACAGCGCAAACAGCUGAAGGAGUCCAGUGGAGGAGCAAAUACCAAAGCAUCAGAGAUGGCUGGCCUCAGUGAAAAGCUCCAGGUUUGCCAGCAGCGCUCUGUGGAGUGGGAGCAGCAACACAUCCAGUCCCAAAAACAAGUGACAGAGCUGGAGGCCCAGAACCAGAGCCUGACUGAUGAGCUCACACUCAUGAAGUCCCAGGGGGUGCUGUGUCAGAAGGAGCGGGAGCGCGUGUGUUUGCAGCUGCAGAAGGCUCAGGGCAGCCUGCACUCUCAGGAGCUGGAGCUGGAGCGCCUCCGCCCGCUGGAGCUGUGGCUGGGACAGAGAGAGCAGCUCAGCUCAGGGGUGCUUUCAGAGGAGAGGCAGGAGCUCCACGCCACGCUGGACUCCCAGGAUUCAUUUGUGCAAACAUCUGGUCUGGAACGCCAGAGGCUGUCCAACGAAACUGCCAGACUGACCCAAGCCCUGCAGGCUAAAAAUCAAGUCAUCCGCUCUCUGGAGGACUGCCUGGCAGCUCAGGGCUGUGCCGAAGUGGAAACCCUCAGACAAGAUCUGGAGAAGACGGCCACCAAGCUUUACUGCGCUGAAGCAUGUGAGGAUCAUCUCAAGGCUCAAGUGGCGUGUCUCAAAGAGAGUCUGGAGAGGGUGAGCCGGCAGAAAGCUGACCAAUCUGAGCUGAGGAGCAUCAAGGCACAAUAUGAUUCCUCUGUGGCAGAAAGGAAAAAGGUCAACGAGGAGCUCCUCAGGGCGCGGCAGACUCACAGUGGGGAGGUGGAGGGGAUGAGGAGGGAGGUGUCCAAACUGACCUCAGAGCUGCACCAACGAGACGCCACCAUCUGCACACUGAAGGGCUCUCCAUCCAGCAUCAGGCAGCACUGUGGGGGGGUGGGGCGAGCAGCACAGAAAGAAGCCCAGCUAACAAGGGGGGAGUCCUCGCCCGCGCCCCUCGGGGACAGUUAUCUGUCGUCUCUGUGCAGCCUGGAGCAAGAGAACGUGUGGCUGAGGAAGGACCUCUCUGAGCUGCAAACCCGACACCAGGCCUCCAGCAGGACCUGUCCUGACCAAUACCAACAAGCUCUGCUCCAUCACGCUAAGACCGCCCCCCCACAGCCUGCUCAGGACAGGCAAGAGACAGCAACAAAGGCUGAGCUGCAGACCAGCGGUCUCUGCUCAGGAGAGAUCCAGAGCCUCUUCCAGCAGCUGCACACCCUGUCCCAGGCCUCCUGUCCCCCAGACAGCAGGCCUGCUUCUUCAGCAUCCUCCUCUUCCUCCACAAGACUCACCAGGAGAAUCUCUGUGCCAAGUCUAAAUGACUCUGCUGCUGAGGAACAAAGAUCCAGCUCUGAACACUCUGAGUCCAGAGAGCAGCCCAUACCGUCUCCCUCUGCCAUGGAGCCUCUGUCGGUUUCUCCAGGGGACGGAACAGUCUCUCGUUUCUUGCAGGAAGAGAGCUUCCUGGCUCAGGAGCUGGUCCAGAAGGUGGACUCCCACAUCCAUGGGAUGAGAGAAAGCAAUGCCAGGAUUUUCUCCAAGUACCUGCCAGGGGGCUCAGGGCCCCCCCACACGUCCACCGACUGCAGGCAGCAGAGUGGUUAGAGAUGGAGUGAGGUGCAAUAAAUCCAACUCCUAGUCUUCAGACCCUUUUUUGCAGGACUUGCUUAGUUGAUAUGACGCAGAAACAUGGCAGACCAAACUAUAACUGUGGUGUUGGGUUGAUGGCUAUAAACAACUUACUACAACAGAUCCUCUUUUUAGGGUCUGUUUCCACAUGGCUUUUUAAAGAUCAUGGACACACCGAAGUUGGAAGAACGUUUUCCCAACUCGGGAAACAGAGCAGCGGAGGAGCACCUGAAUGCAUCAUUGGCCUUUGCGAAGUUCCUCCCUGUCAGAGCCCUUCUGGAUUCUUGCACAAUUAAACUCAGAUUGGCAACGAAGAGUUGGAAUUCCCAAAAGUUCUUUCUUAAACACUAUCAAAGAAGAAACAAAUAAGCUGUGGCCUCAUACAGCCCAGACUCCUCUGUCCCUCUCUGUCCCCCUCUGUCCCUCUCUGUCCCUCUCUGUCCCCCUCUGUCCCCCUCUGUCCC